GUUAGUAUGUACACACAUAAACAGCUAUCUUAAAUUUUUUUAUUCCAACUAUUUUCAUACUGACCGCCCACAAAUUUUUGGGAAAAAUAGAUAUGUCUACAACUGCAAGCAACUAGUCAAUAAUACUAAAAGUUCGCGAAAAACCCGGCAUGAAAUUAUCAAGACAAGAAGUUGAGAACAAAUUUCAAAUGUUACCAUCAUCAACCCAAGACCCUGGCAUGGAUGAAAGCCCUCAAGAGAGCCCACAGUUGCUGCUAAAAAAAUUUUUGGAAGCAUUUUGGAAAUUAUGGGCACAGAUGAAGUUGGUCGCUUCAUUCAUUAUGACUGACCUCGGUGGUUAUCAAUUGCUUGAUAAUCUUUUGCAAUGGAGUGUGAGAAAUCCCCACACAGCCAUUUGCAUAGCAGCAGCAUUCUUAGUUUUCCUUUUGCCGUUUUUAAUAAUGCUGGGUAUUGGACUUUCAACUCUACUUAUGACUCUCACGGGAUUUCUGUUUUUAGAAGGUGUUCUUCUAACUAUGGUCGCAAUGCUAUUGAGUGGCUGUCUGGGAGCAAUAUUCUUAAUGGUAGUUUUUUUGAAACAACUGAGACGAACAGGGUGAAUUAAUAAAAGAUCUGUCAACACACAGACAAGAAUAAAUUUAAGAUAAGUUAAAAAAAUCAAAUAAAUAAUAUGAACUAAUCCAUAUGGUUUGUAGAAAUUUUAAAAAUAUUAAAUGAAUUAUUGGCUACUUAUCAUUUCGUGAAUGAUUAAAACCAAUUAUCUCUAAUAAGAUAUUGAAUUAAAA